CCUCAGCAGGUGGAAAUAAGAGACUUCUGACCCUCUGGUGAAGAACCUUGACAGAAGGAGCAAGCCAAGAAGCCAGCUACCCAGAGGCACUGCAUGGCCGGCUCAAAGGGAAUUGAGAAUAAACACAGUAAUUGGCCUAGCAGGAAAAUGGCAUCAAAUGUUCAUAGAGAAAGAGUACCGGCAGUCAUUAAAGGACACAGACACUUUGGCUAUGGAGGAGCUCCGUUACCCGAGUCUAUCACAAUAGAGCAAUAUUAUGACCUAACCCCAACCAAGAAAAGUCAUGUUCGCAUCAAUGAUGAGCUAAUUCCCAAGCCCACUGAUAUUAACAUUGGUGAGAAACUCAUCAACAUCUCCAUUCAGAGGGAGCACCCAUACCAGUCGCACAUCUCCCGCUGCGCCAUGUUCCCCACCUACAGGAGCCCUGAUGACCCUGACAGGGGCGUGCGGGUUGCCUGCAAACUCCCCCUCGACCCCCUCCUACCAGCCGGUGCUCCGCACGUGACUCUGCUCAAGAAAACCAAAGGCGCACCUUAUCGGCAUGAGCUGCUUGACGUUCCCAUGGCAACCAGAAGAAAUGUUACAACUUGGCCAGGCCAAAACGGCUUCCAGAAUUAUGCCAAGCCGGUAAAAGGGGAGACUCAGAUGUUUUAUCCCAAGGCCCCGAAGACAUUGUGCCCAAAUCCGAGCCUUCGGACCCGGAGCGCCACGCUGUCGGCGCGUACUGCCAGUGUGCUGCAUAACCUGGAGAAAGCCCGGUGGAUCAGCUCCUAUCAGUUACACCAUACAGGCAUGGGACCAGCCAAACCGGAUGCCAGAGGGCCAGUGAGGAGCCAGAGAGACUUUUCAAAUUGCAGCAACCGCUUAUAUGUGGCAGGAAAGAACCCAUUAGAGCCUAGCCAGCUAGCACCACCCACUGCGGGGUCAGAUGGCAGAAACGCUGGGACUGGCCUCUUCCGCUCCCAGUGUGUGCUGCUGGAGCUUCAGGACACUUUCAGCCGGACAGAGGCCCACCGACGCUUGCACAAGUCCGUGCAGAGCAAUACACUUAACCUGCAGGACAACCAUCACACUGGGAGAAAGCACUCCUUCUAUGGCUUUAACUCCUACUACUUCCAUAACUGAACUGAAAAUCUAGACAUGUAACAAGAGCUACUGUGCAGUGGGGCUUUGCUGUUAUCUUUUAUUGACAAAGAUGGAGGGAUUCUUUGCACAAUUCUCUGCAGUACAAAGCUAACCUCUGGGUUUUUGGACUGAGAAUGGGAUUAGUCUGGUAAUAAACAUUCUCUCAUUCAGAAUUUUUUUGUUUUGUUUUGUUUUUUUUGCCUUGAGUUUGUUUUUUAAGCUCGGUCGAAAACUGAUCCUGUGAAUCACAUGCUGUGAUGGCCAUGCGGAAAAGUACUAAAGCCUCUGACGUUCUCUCACAUGAUGGAGCAGAAUUCUGACAACCGCCGUCCCUGUUCGGAGGAAGGUGCCAGGUUCACCUCAGCCUCGCGCGAACAAUGUCUCUUUCAUUCUUGUUGUCCUUACAGCUCUUUCAGGCAAGUGAAGAGCUUGACACGCGGGAGCGGCGCAUGCCCUUGAGGCCCGAGAACAUUCUUUCAUUCAUCGUCUUUCAUACCUGAGACCCAUCUGUAAAGGCAUUCCCACGCGGUGAACUGUGCUGACUGGUCAUGUUCACGUCCUCGUUGUGUGCACUGAUACGCAGCUCUAGAACAAGACUGCUAUUUAUUUAGGUAGCUAUUGUACUGGAAGAUCUACAUAAUAUACUUUGUCAAUUAAACAUUCUCCCACUUGCAGAGAAAGCUUUCCGUUAAG